AUGGAUUUGUUGGAGGGAACGAUGUGCGCGAUGCUUUUCUUAGGCAAGUUUAGUUUCUUGUGUAGGGGUCAAAAUUUAACAUUUAGAUUUGGGCUAUCACAAGCUAAUCUUGCACGAAUUUGGGCGCAUGUGGAUGUCCAAAAGACUGGUCGUCUCGAUCUUGAGCAGUACGCUAAAUGUAUUCUUUUGAUUCGUGAAUGUCAAGAAGGGCUGACUUCAAAGAUAAGCAUGUCGAUAGCUUCGCCGGCGCCACCUAUGGCUUUGACACGAAGAGACUCACAAAUUUCAACCAAUUCAGGUUCAGGGAUUCGUCCUCUAAUGCCAGAAAACCCUCGAGUUCAAGAAUUAACUGCUUCCAUCGAAAGUAUGCAACAGAAAAGAAGAAAAGCGGAAGAGGAUCUUUUUCAGGCGGAGGCAGAUCUGAAAGUGAAGAAUUCUGAAGUGAAAAACCUCGAAAUUGAAUUGUUAACUCUCGAAGCGACUGUUAAGCAAUUACGCGUUCAGAGAGUUGAGGCCAACAAACGGCUAAACGAUUUAGAUACACGUGUGGCAAAGUUAGAGACUGUCUGUAGUGAGAGUCAGAACCGUUUAGAAGAAGAAGAAUCUCGACUGCAAAAAACAAAAGCAGAUAUUCUGCAAGCCCGGGAGAAUUCUGGCCAAGAAGACAUUGUCCUCGAACAAAUAAGAGCUGAGGCACAGAAACGAAAUGAGAGAUUAGUAGGUGCCAAAACAGCUUUAGAGCAACAAAAUACGAAAUUUGUGGCUUUUGUUGAUGAAUUAACACAAUUGGAGCGAAAAAUGGCUUGUCAAGAAACUGAGAGUGGUCGUCUUAAGGAACAGAUUGAACAAAUGCGUCGUAUUCUUGAGGGAGUAGAAGCAAAUGAUGAGAAUUCCAUUAAAGAACUGCUAGAAAAAACAUUUAAGGAGAGUUUGGCAGCUGCAAAUGGGUUACCACUUACUGGAAAUACUUUUAUGGAUCCUUUUAAAAACAGUGAUCCUUUUAUGCCGAGCAAUGUAUCCGGAACUGGCCCAUUUGAAAGUAUGGGCAAUGAUCCUUUUCUAUCAAAAUCAAAGGAAGGAGAAACAAAUACUAACAACUUUGCUAAUUUUGCAAAAUUUACAAAUUCGUGA